AUGGGCUGCUUCUUCGCCUGCUUCCGGAUCAGAGACACUCGCCGUAACUACACACCGCAUUGCAUUUCCAUCUCCAAACGUUCCAACGUUGUUGCGACAUCUCGGAAUAGCUCGGCUUCUUUGUUAUCUGAAGAAGAUAGAGAUGAUUCUUCACGGAUUGAUGGUAUGGGGUUUCAGGGCGAUUUCCAGGGGCUUAACGACGAGGCCAAGUUUCUUAAAGCUUGUGGGACCUUAGCAGGAACACCUAUUGAAAUUCGAAAAGCAUCUGAGAAAUUGAAAACAUCACCGUCUCCUGAUCAAGAUUCCGACCCUUCAAGAUUUCAUUCUUGGCUUCCAAACACGUCUGUGGAUAAACUUCAGUCGCAUGUCCAACCAUUUGAUCCACCAACUCCCGUAAAACUUUGCGAAAAGGGGGGAAAUAGUAUGGAUUCAUUUGAGCACACGCCAAGCAGCUGUAUCUCCACGUCACAAGAUACUCAAGAUGACUCUACUGACUACAUAGAAAAAAGUUGUGGAGGGAAUCUUCAUACGGAAGAUAGGUUUGAAAGGAAUGCAGCUUUAGUUUCACCUUUGCUAGUCACGAAUACUCAGAGAAAGAGCAAGUUUGUUCGUUUUGAAAGCGAAACUGACUUGGUAUCCUAUGGAAGCACAUCUGACGAUUGGCAUAUGAAGGAAAACAAGUCACCAAAUAACCAAAGUGCAUAUAAACAAUCUCCUUAUCCUACCCCGUUGAAGUUAUUUGAUGAGAUGCAAACACCAGGAACAGUGUAUCCUACACCGUUAGAAGAGUUACGUAGUGGUAAGGCUCAUGUUCGGUCCCAGUUUGUCUAUCCAACUAACAACCAAGGUGAUAAUGUCUUCCGGUGCCAAAUACUUGAGGAUAGAGAUUUUAACCCCGAAGAAGAUUCAAGUGAGCAGAGUGAUUUGGUUGACCAAUCUCAAAAUGGAACUCCUACCCCAGAAGAAGGGUUGAAGAAAUUUUCAAAUGGAUAUGAGGAUGAGGAGAAAUCAAAUUUGUCUUCUAGAUUAACUCCUCUAUCAAUAAUUGAGGAGCAUUCUCCCAUUUCUCUUAAGUGGUGGUAUGGCAAUGGCAUCCCGAAUUCAACGACUAAGUACAAGGAGGUACGACCAGAAAGUAAAUUGGCAUGCAACCCCUUUUGA